GCCAAAAUGAUACCCCCAAGACUGCCGCGGAUCCUCUCACCCACUUCCGCCCUGCUCGUCUACUCGCGCGACAUACAACAACACGUCGACCACCUACGACGCGUCUUCGAAAUUCUUCGACGAGAACGAUUGUACGUCAAACUAUCCAAGAGCGACUUCGCCCUCGAAAAAAUCCAAUUCCUCAGACAUAUCGUAAGCGCUCAAGGAGUUCACGUCGACCCCAAGAAAAUCGAAGCCCUGGGUACGUGGAAGACACCCAAGAACGUGAAGGAGUUACAGCAGUUCCUUGGCUUUGCUAACUACUACAACAGGUUCGUGCCACAAUACGCGAAGAUCGCCGCGCCACUCACGAAUCUGCUAAAGAAGAACACGCCCUAUAAAUGGGAGCCACAACACCAGGACGCCAUGGAGCAGCUGAAACAAGCACUCACGUCCGCACCCGUACUCAUCUUGCCAGACCCCGAACGUGACUAUGUCAUCGAAGCUGAUGCCAGCGACCAGGCAGUGGGAGCAGUCUUGAUGCAAGACCAGGGGAAUGGCCUGCAACCAAUUGCCUACCUCAGCAAAAAAUUAUACGGGGCAGAACUCAACUACCCGAUACACGACAAAAAGGCCCCUGCUAUAAUCAUCGCCUUCAAAACGUGGAGAUGCUAUCUUGAAGGACGCAAGGCAACAGUCUACACCGACCAUUGCAGCCUAAAAUAUUUGAAGACGCAACCAAUCCUCUCCAGGCGGCAGGCUGGCUGAACCUGAGGAUGGGGAGUCAAAACUUUGACUCUUGUCAUGUUCUUGACCAUGGGCCUCCAGGGUCCUUCCCUUUCAUCCUUCCCUUCCUACCCCACCUUCCAACUGUGCUUCAAUGCCUUUUCUAUCAUGCCUCUUAUCUUGUAAGCUUCAAUCAUAGUGACUCUGAGGACUGUCAACUUCUCCUAGGGCAGAUUACCCCCCAGUGCGCCAAACGCCAUAGCUCACUCGUUCAGCUACGGAAUCGAGUGAUUCAACUUUCAGUGGAAAGCUGACGCUGCCAGCUACAACAUAUCCGAUUUUCAGAUCGUUUCACCGAUUGGAGUUUUUGAUAUAGCUAUUCGAAGGUCGCGAGUUUUCUGGGCGUCAUAACGAAGUGCUGCAGAAAUUUCCAAGGAGCCAUUGAAUCAUCUGCUUAUAGCCUUCUCUAACCAACAAGUGGUAUCAGAGCCUAUUAUCACGCAUUUGGGACCUAAAAUACGAUGGGAGAUAAAGAGGACUCUGGUGGAGGUGAUACUUCAGUCCAAGGAGGCAGCUCAACCCAAGAUUCUGGCAUUGCAGCGCAAAGGGGAGCGCAUACAAGCCAGGGGUCACUGCUUAAGGAGGUGCUGAAGAACUUCACCAUUGAGAAGUUCUCUGGAGAUGGCUAUGAUGAUUGGGCAUGGAAGAUGCAGCUCUACUUUCGACAAA